GAGCGCCCGUCAGUCACGGUCGGUGCUUCACGCGCUUCGGCCACACCGCACGUCGGCGUCCUAGCGAUCGAUCUCCGUAUCAUCGCGCACUUUGCUUUUGAAAUCGUUCAAGAGUGCUAGUGAUAAUUUCGAUACCGUUUCGCCAAUAGCGAGCAUCGGUCGUAGCUACGUGUACGAUAAAGCGAGCGUCGGUCGCCGCUGCGCGUUCUGUGCCGAAUUGUAAUUCUUCACGCUAACGAAACCUCGAGUCGAGAUAAAUUCCUAGAGAGUGCAUUUACAGGGGAUUUUGUUGCUAUAUUUACAUUAUCCUUGUGUGAGUUAGUGUCGCGGUUGUGAUACACGAUGAGGCCGAAAGAGGAGGUGGACACGAAGGUCCAGACAGGGACCUUCAUCCUGUCCGAGAAGAUCGACGACACCAAGUCUAAGAAGAGCGAGAAGGAAAUGAAGAAGGAGAUGAAGCGCCUAGAGAAGGAGAAGCAGGAGCGCGAGAAGAGGGAUAAAAAGGCGAGAGAAAAGGAGAAGGAACGAGAAAAGCAAGCAAAGAGAGGCAAGGUGGUGUGCGCGUCGUGCGGCGGCAAGUGCAGCGGCGAGGUGCUGCGCGUGUCCGACAAGUACUUCCACACGGCGUGCUUCACGUGCCGCACGUGCGCCGCGUCGCUGGCGCGCGGCGGCUUCUUCUGCAAGGACGGCCACUACUACUGCCCGCACGACUACCAGCGCGCGUUCGGCACGCGCUGCGCCGCCUGCGACCUGUACGUGGAGGGCGAGGUGGUGUCGGCGCUCGGCAACACCUACCACCAGAAGUGCUUCACGUGCGCGCGCUGCAAGCGAGCCUUCCCCUCGGGCGAGAAGGUCACGUACACGGGCGCCGAGGUGGUGUGCUCCAGCUGCGUGGCGGCGCCGCAGCGGCAGACGGCGCGCGCCGCGCCGCCGCAGCCCGCCGCGCCGCACUCGCCCGUCUCGCGCCUCGACACCGCCACGCCGCACGACCAGAACGAGUGUGCGGGAUGCGGGCAGGAGCUGUCGGAGGGCCAGGCGCUGGUGGCGCUGGACAGGCAGUGGCACACGUGGUGCUUCGCGUGCGGCGAGUGCGGCGCCGUGCUGCAGGGCGAGUACAUGGGCCGCGACGGCGUGCCCUACUGCGAGCGCGACUACCAGCGCCUCUUCGGCGUGCGCUGCGCCUACUGCCAGCGGUACAUCUCCGGGAAGGUGCUGCAGGCCGGCGAGAACCACCACUUCCACCCCACGUGCGCGCGCUGCAGCAAGUGCGGCGACCCGUUCGGCGACGGCGAGGAGAUGUUCCUGCAGGGCGCCGCCAUCUGGCACCCGCGCUGCGGGCCCGCGCCGCACGAGCCCGACCUCGAGCCCGCCGCCGACCGCGCCUCCACCGACCUGCAGUUCUCGCUGCGCUCGCGCACGCCCAGCGUCAACGGCUCCUACUGCAGCCCCUACAGUAGCUUGACCAGGAAGUACGGGUACCGCGCGGUGUCGCCGGGGCUGGUGCUGCGCGAGUACCGCGACGCGGGCGCGUGCUCGCCGCACCGCAUCACCACGUACUCGUACCUCACGAGCGAGCCCUCGUACCUGCGGCGCCCGCUGCAGCCCUACGACCGCGCGCCCGCCUCGCCGCACUUCCACCGGCCGCCGUCCGCCGCCAGCCGCGCCUCCAGCCGCGCCGCCAGCAAGGCGUCCUCGCGCCCCGCCAUGCGCGCGCUCGUGGACUCCAUGCGCGCCGAGACGCCGCGCCCCAAGUCCCCGCGCAUGAACAACGAGGAGCCCAUCGAGCUGUCGCACUACCCCGCCGCCUACAAGCCGCCGCCCGGCACCAAGCCCAAGAUCGAGCGCGACGACUUCCCCGCGCCGCCCUACCCCUACACCGACCCCGAGCGCCGCCGCCGCUGGUCCGACACCUACCGCGGCGUGCCCGACAGCGACGACGAGCCCGACGCCGCCUGCAACGGCAAGCUCAACGGCGGCGACGUCGACCCCAAGCUGCGCCGCGAGGAGCGCGAGCUCGCCAAGAUCGAGACCGGCAUCGCGCAGGUAUUCCUGAAAGAAGUCAAGGAGCGGGAGAAGCUCCAGCAGUGGAAGAAACAAAAUCUCGACCCCAGGAACGCGAGCAGGACGCCGUCGGCGUCGCGCGAGCCGCUGCCGCGCCUGCGCUACUCGUCGCCCGUGGGCGCCUCGCCCUCGCGCUCGCUGGACGCGCGGCCCGACGACCACGACCACAGCCACGCCUCGCACGCGCACAUACCCACCUACAACGUGGUGUCGUCGCUGCGGGCGGCGCCGCGCCCCGGCUACGGACUGGCGCCGCGCUCGCACACCUUCUCCUCCUCCACCGCCGGAGACUUCACAUUCAGCGGCAUGGGCGACAAGACGCAUAGCACGGACUUCAGCAGCGGCAAGUCAGACAUAUCUGCCGGCUCCAUCACUGACGUGGAUCGAAGUGCUGUGAGUGUUGUUGUGGGCGCGCAGACGACGGACGGCGGCGUGGCGGUGCGCGGCGGCAGCGCGGCCUUCCCCGCGCGACACGCCGGCACCCCCGGCGUGCGCCGCUCGCUGCCCAACAUGGCCACCUCGCACCUGCUGCACGAGCCCGCCAAGCUCUACCCCUACCACCUGCUGCUCAUCACCAACUACCGCCUGCCGCCCGACGUCGACCGCCUCAACCUCGAGCGGCACCUGUCCGACGCGGAGUUCGAGGCCAUCCUGCAGAUCGGGCGGCAGGACUUCUACCGCCUGCCGCAGUGGCGCCGCAACGAGCUCAAGCGCCGCGCGAGACUCUUCUAGAGCCGCCGCCGACACCGACCGACUUCAUUUGCCAUUGUGUGCGAGCGCACACCGUUCCACCAUACAGAUGAUAUUAAAACGUUUACAUAAUAAUAUAAAUGUUAAGUUGCGCGGGGCGCUCUCCUUACGCUGCCUUGUUUAUUACUGAGAUAUACAGAUAUACCUAUAUAUUAUUAUUAUAUAUUGUGAUUUAGUGUGGGCGCGUGGUAUUCAUUUUAAUUUAGUGAGAACCAAAUAUAUUAUGAUAUGUAA